CCUAGCUCCAUACUCUCAGCAAUCAACCUAUCCGCAACAGCAAAGCGGUGCUGCCAUCUACCCACCAGGCAUGCAGGUGCCUCAGGCACCCCCCUACACUGAUGCACCUCCAUCUUACUCUGAGAUCUACCAGCCAAGAUUCAUGCAUGCACCACAGGUUCCAGGGGCAAUGCCUCAAAUGUCUUCUACCUACCCAGGCACUCAGAUGUACAUGCCUUUGGCACAGUCGGUGCCAGUGGCUCAGGUUGGCCCUAGUGUGCCUAUGGCUUACUAUCCAGUGGGGCCACUUUACCACCCAGGUUCCACCGUUCUGGUUGAAGGAGCUUAUGAUGCUGGAGCCCGAUUUGGAACUGGCAGCAACAUGAGUGUCCCACCUCCACCACCCGGAGUCCUCCCCAGUGCAGCCCAACUUGCUGCCAUGCAGGGUGCCAAUGUGGUGAUGACACAGAGGAAGGGCAAUUUCUUCAUGGGUGGCUCCAGCGGUGGUUAUACCAUCUGGUAACAGAUAUCUCGAGAAGCUGCACGUCACAAUACUGACAUUGCCUAACGGAAUGUAAUACUUUUAGUGCCGGGAGGGUGACGUACACCACCAGUAAAUUUAAUGGGGGGGAGAGUGCAAAUGAAAAAUGGGUGUGGGGGGGGUUUGGGUUGAGCCCUAAAUUUUCCAUUUCUGACUUUAAAAACGCGCUACUGUAAACACGUCUUCUCUUUGUAACACUGUAGUCCUCCUGGACUGGUGAAGUGCAUGCUGCACGGGCAAGGAUUUGUGGGAGGUUUUUUUUUCCCCCCCUGACACCCCCCCCACCCCCCCUCUUAUUUUACACUCUGAAUCUUCUCAAGCCAGCUUGUCAGCAUUGUGUAAGAAAUCUCGUGGUGCUCCUUUGGCAGGUUGUUGCUGCUUGUUGUUUGUAUUUUUAAUUAGUACUCUGUAGUACCGAGACCAUUUGCAGGUCCUCUGACCGCAACAUAACAAGUCUGGCAGAAAAAUACGUGCCACUUGCCCAAUUUUUUUUUUUAAAAUAUCAUUCUUAAACUGCCUCUUGCACUGCCCAGUCACUGGGAGUCCUCAGUCUGCCUUUUAUUUUUGUUGUACACAUUUGCACUUUUUUUUUAUUUAAGGGGAAUUUAUUUCUACAUCAUCUUGUAUUGUGAAGCGUCACAUUUAACAUUACCAAUACACAUUUUUGACUUUAAAUUGUUGCCAUAUACAAACGAAAACUUCGAUUCUUCCUCCCCAAGGGCAGUAUCUGAGGCGGGUGUACUUGGUUUGCACAUAAAACAAAUGUACACAAGGGAUCAACUAUACCCUUCAUUUUUUUUUUUUUAUGGUGGUGUACUGCACACUUUAAAGGACAACGUUUUAGAAGAAUCUUCUUGGGUGCCAAAUGUCUUGCGCACCUUUUAAUCAAACAAAAAGCAACUUUUAAUUUUUCAGAAGAGUAAUCAAGUUUAGACUGGAGUGCCAAUGCAGAGAGAGGAGGCUGCCAUUUCUUUUUUUCUUUUAUGCUUGUGCCAGUAGGAAAGCAAGCGACCCGCGGGGAUUUGCGGCUCUACGGUGGCCUUUAAGCAAUAAACUUGGGUGUUGUGGCAUACAUUGUCCUUUUAUUUUAAGGCUCUGGUGUUUUUGUUUCAGCGUACGAAUGAGUGACUUUUUUUUCCUCCUGGAGUUUCAUUGCACACUCGAUGGAUUCUGCCCGUGUCAAAAUUCCUAUGCAAUGCUAGAAGGGAGAGUGCCAAAAAAUUGUUGCAGUCUGUGUAACAUCUGCCCAGAAUUUGAAGUCCUUCAUGAACUAGCAGAUGCCAGUUUUUAUGGUCAUUCAGCUCUUUUAACAGUCCCAAGGUUUGUCGCGUAUCAUUGUUUUAAACUGAUGUUUCCCCACAGCCCACUUUUUAUAUUUUGCCUCUUUAUUAUAAUUUUGUUUGGUGUUGGUAUUUCAAAAUGUUCAAGAAUCUAAAACAGUUCAAUCACCACAUGUUUGUUGUAAUUUUUGUUUUUCAUUUGCUGUUGAACUUACUGGUCACAGUGUUCUUUGUUUUAAUGUACAUUCUGGUGAGUUCAUUUUAAUCACUUUAUCAGGAUUAUGUAAUCGUAUCAUCCAACCCUAUCACGUUAAGAAGACAGCAAUAUUUGUCUCGAGGACCGUGUGCUUUCUCUCUUGGCCAGCAUGCCCAGUACCUCUCGUCAUUGCUUUGAUGCUUCACAUUCUACCCAUAUCUAAUGAGGGCAGCCGGCCACCCAGAUACCACUGUCCGAGAGACAUGAGGCGGGUGACCUGUAGCUCUUAGGAUUGAAUAGCCGUACGCUUGUAUUUUGGCGGGGGGUUUGCUCUUUUUUUCUCUCCACCCUCCCUUUUUUUUUUUUUUUUCGGUUGCCAAACUUUUUAAUUUUUUCCUUCCAAGUUUCAGAAAUGCCAACCUCCUCUCUGUGUGUGUUUUGUGUGUAAGGUGACAUGAAGAACAGGGUUUAAUGGACAUUUAUAGUUCAGGGAUUCUCUUUAAAAUAUUUUUUUUUAUAUAUAUAUAUAUAAAUAUAUAUUAAACAAUUAUUUGGAUCUGGUGAAAAUAUUUUAUCUUAAGGUUAUUGAAAAGUUGAUGAGUGUUGCUCAUUGGUGUGUGUAAAGAUUGUUAGUAUGGGCAGAACCUCUCUUUGCAUCUAAACUGUGGUGCACUUAACUUUUUUUAUACUAAAAUAAGGUUAAAAUUUAGAAUAAAGACUAUUUUGGAAAUUUGAA